CGUCGACACAGACACACUUAAGAGCGAGCGAACGGUCCCCACUCAGCAUCAGUUCCCAGACCCAUUUCCCCUCACCUCCCAUCGCCUACCACUCCCUCCUUCACACAGUUACCACUACUAUAAUCACCAUGGCGAAGCGUGCCCAUACCGACCCCAAAGAGCCCGUGGUCCCUCAGACGAUGCUGCAGUCUCUCUUCUCGACUCGCCGUCAGAUCCUCAUCUUCUCCUUCUACAUCUUCUUCCUUUGCGUGAACAUCUCCCUCCUCGGCCUCGUCUCCCAUCAGAUCCACAAGCAUGGCAACGUCUGGACCGCCUACCCCGACGGCCGCUUCUACCACGCCCUUGGCCUGGGCCUCUUCGUCGGCAUCUUCCUUACCCUCGUCGGCAUCUCCCACGCCUACCUCAACCACAUGGUCCUCAUGUUUGCCCACUUUGCCGCUGGUGUCAUGAGCGGCACCGUCGCCGGUCUCUUCACCAUGACCCCCUUCGGCCACGGCCUCCAGUGUGGCAACCCCAUCGAGAAGUUUGCCCCCAAGUACCGGCCCUUUGUCAGCGAGUGCGCCGAGUACACCGCCAUCACCGGUCUCGCGUGGGCCAUGUUCGGUCUCAAUGUCAUCGCCCUCUUCUGGCUUGCCCAGGAUGCCUUCUCUUGCGUCCGCCGUAACCACCACAUCUACGCCCCUUGGGAGCCCCCUGCCAAGGUUUCUGACGUUGAGUCGGACGCUGAGCACCACUAAGCCGUUCCUUCCUUAAGCAACGCUCGCGGUUCGCUAUCCAGCAUCACCCCCUUCAAUAGAUAUGUAUUCUAUAA